AUGAAAGGAUUAAAAGUGGAAGGUUUAUCAAAAAAGCUUGCUACUGGAGGAGAUCUUUAUCAAAGACUAAUAUCUGUGGGACAUUUCCCAGAACUCCAAGCUAAACCAUUAUUAUAUGAAAUCCUGGAUGCUUUGCAAUAUCUGCACAGACAUGGUGUUACACAUCGUGACUUAAAAUUGGAAAAUUGUCUUUUUAAAACAACAGAGCUCAAUUCACCAAUACUUUUAUCAGAUUUUGGACUAGCUCACCUUCGACCUGAAGAUGAACAGAGUGAAGGAAUGCAGACUACUUGUGGUACACCUGAAUAUAUCUCACCAGAAAUGCUUGAGGGUGAAAUUUAUACAGAACUCGUUGAUAUGUGGGCUUAUGGAAUUAUUGUUUAUGCUGUACUUUCUGGAAGUAUGCCAUUUCAAGAUGAUAAUAAAGCAAAGAUGUUUAAGAAAUCAGAGAGGGUCAAUACACAUUUACUAAGGAGGAUAACAGUCGAAUGGGACAUCACCAUAGAAAACAGCGAGGAGGAUGAGAGGGAAAAAGAGCGAUAUGAAGAGGACUACUUUGUGAGAAUUGGUACAAGAAAAAGAAGUCGUACUGAAGGCAUGACAGAGACAAUAGAGGAUCUACUGGAUUUUGGAGAUUUAGGAGGUCUAACUGGACGACAAGGACGUGGUAACAGAAGAGACAAGGUCAGAAAUUUAGGAAUAGAAUUUGUAGUAUGA